AUUGUGGUGAUUUAGGCAUGUGCUGAUCUUAUCAUGUUGAAAAGGGAUGGACUAGUAGCUCCAGCUUGCUUCAUACAGUUACAUGUCUCCCACACCCUCUAUUGCAGGUGAAAGAUAUGUAUAUUUUAUACAUGCUUUGCUUGUUACGUUUGCAUGUGUAAUCAAACAUAAAGCCGACCUGACUGAUGUCUCUUCUAGACUCUCGAUGACGCUUUUUGAGGACGCGUUGCUACUUCCGAAACCGCUCCCUGCGCAGAAUCAUGGUUCAUCCAGGUGCACAGGGGGCCUUGUCUCGUGGAGAACGCUUUCCCGCAUUUCCUCAUGCCGGGGGGUCUUUGCGAGAAGCCGGCUCGGCCCGAAGGUCGAUACAGUUUGAUCAAAGGAGGUAACACCUUCCCAACUGCUUAAUGACCCCCUGUGUAAUAAGUAUAACAGACA